UCCUGUCUCUAAGCACGUGGGUGGGACUACAUAGGAUCUUCUGCUAUUUGUAUUCAAGUUUUACAUCGCUUGACGUAGUCAACUACAACUCUGCUACAGCUGCUCAACGUACAUUCCGCAUCGGUUUGUUGCGUCCUUGCUGACGCGGAGAGUGACUGAGUAUAAGUACGAAAUGGCUGCAGCUGCUGGUGAUGAAUACAAAACGAAUGGCGGUACUGAGAAACUACGUAUUGUCACGGACUUAGCUUCUGCUCUAUCAAAGUUUUCAUCCCAGAAAGCUAGUGUUCUGCAACAACUACAAGACUGUGUUCAAUCUGCAAUCAAAGCUUUGAUAUCUGACAAAGUUCUUGUUGAAGAAGAUGUAGAUGGUGUUAUUGAUUGGAUAGAAGAAAUGGAUGAUUUCGAAUCAGCUUCAGAAGCUCUUUACGACGUCAUCAUGGAGAAAGCCAAAAGCGACCCUAACAUUGUGGUGAAAUUUAUAGAAUCUGUUGGUAAAGUGAAUUCGACUAUUUGCAACCUUUUUCGUUCUGCUCCACAUUUAACUUGGCAGCAACUGAAAAAGAAACGAGAGUGCAUUGUCCAAACAUUAGACACGAGUGCUAUCAUUCAUCCAUGUCUUGAGAACAGCAUCAUUACACUUAAGCAGUACCAGCUUUUGAUGAAGAUCAAGGAGAAGGAAAAAAAAGACUUCCACUUUUUUCGCUGACAGAUUUCUUCGUGUAUUGGAAAAGUCAGGGAAUGAACAAGGCUCAAAGCUAAAGGAAUUUGAGAAGGUUCUCUUGGACAGGCAACCAGACGUACUGAAGACAUUACUGGAAACAAGUAAGUCGACAAAAUACACAGCUUUAUAUACCUGUCGUGCAAGCUACAGCAUCUUGUCAUGUGCCAUAGAUUUUCCGUGCGUUAAGGUUUGUAUGUGCACUUUAGAUCAAAAUCACAGUACAAAUAAUAGUACCACUGAGCCGAUUAGCUCUGGUGACGGCUUGGGGUCAUCUCUUAUUUCGGCCCAAUA